UUUUUAUUUUUAUUUUUAUUGUUAUUUUUAUUUUUAUUUUAUUUAAAUAAUAAUUUAUUAUAUAUAUAAAUAACAAGGUUAUAAAAGUCUUUUGUCACUUAAUGAAGAAUGUAUUUUUGAAAAUGUCUCAUUAGUAGUGGUAAAAAUGAAAAGUGGUACCAUAAAAGUGGUAAACAUGUAAUUUCCGCAUUUUUUAUUUUGAAAUUUUUUAAACAAUUUGAAGUGCUUUACAAUCUUUUGUGAUUAUUGUAAACGUCAACAACCACUACGAUUCACAAUAUAUUACUACGAUAAAAUUGUCAAACCCUUUAAAACUAAUAUUAAUAUAUUAUAAAAUUUUAAAUUUAUAUUAUUAUGAUAAUAUAUAAAUUAGUCAUUUAAUAUAAUUAAUAACAAUCUUAUGUUUAUCUUUUACUUUUAUUUUUAUUUUUAUUAGAUGAAAGAUAAUUUCAAUGAAAUUUUGAACAUUUAUAUUUAAAUUUUAAAAUUUAUUGUGUUUGAUAUAUAUAUAUAUAUAUAUAUAUAUAUGUAUAUAUUUUAUAUAUGUAUAUACAUUAGUGUCUAAAACAUUAUAGUGAAUAUUUUUGGUUUAUAGUUUUUAAUAUUAAUUAUGAUAGUUUUAGUGGAUAUAAAUUAAAAUAUGAAAAUUUUUAUAUUUCUCUAUUUAUAAAUUUUGGUUUUAUUUUUUUUCGAUAUUUAAAAUAUUUUUUAAAAAAAUAUUAUUAUUUAUAUGUAAUUGAUUUUGUCUUUUAACUGCAACGGCUAACUUAAGCUAUUUUUUUUUAUUUUGAAUUUUUUUAAACAAUUUGAAGUGGUUUACAAUCUUUUGUGAUUUUUGUAAACGUAAACAACCACUACGAUUCACAAUAUAUUACUACGAUAAAGUUGUCAAACCCUUUAAUACUCUUGUCUACUAAGAAAAUUGUUUACCACUCCAAAUUUGGUACAAAAUCCAUAUAUUUACCAUUCGUUGAAUCUACAGAUUGAGGUGUUUGUUUGUCUCAUUUAAAAUGAUUCUUAGUCAAAGUUAAUUCCUAACUAAUAUAACAAAGAGAAUAAAUUGUAUGUAAUAAUUCCUUUUUAACUUUUUUUGAAAAAAAGAUUUAGUCCUAUUCAACUUUCCAUUCCAAAUUAAUCUUUAUAUACUAAGAAGAUCCAGCAAUUAUGACAACAUCAUCAUAUAGUUUAUCAUUCGUUGAAUCUAACGAUUCUAAAAGAUUUGAUCCCUUUUGUUCUUGUUUCGGUUCCUUCAUGCAUAGAUGACAGAUUUAUUAACAUUAUUAGCAAAUAGUGCAAAUUUGCAAAGCUCCUAAAAACAAAUGGCUGUCAAAUUAUAUGUGUUCACUAUUAAAUAUUUUUAUAAAUAACUGUUUCCUUUUAAAAUACGUAUUUUUAAAGAUAAAUAAUAUUUUUUAAAAUUUGUAAUCAAUCAUUUAAAAUUUAUUCUUAAUAAAAAAUUAUAUUCAAAAUAAUAUAAUAUAUGGUUUCCAUUCAACUUGUUGAUUUUAAAGACUGCAUCAUAGUGGGCAACAAGAGAAGACUGCGUUAGUUGUGAUAAAACCUCAAAAUUAUUCUAGGUGUUCGAAUAAUGCCAAAGAUGCAUUACCAACUAAACAUGGUGAUAGGUUUAUAGUUAAAAAGUUUAUUUAAUUAAUAAGUUUUCAUUGAUUUAUGAAAAAAAAUAUGAAAAGAUUUAUGAAAAACUAGAAUUGAAAAUCUAUAGUCUCUGGUCAUGCAAACUAUUGUGCACUCCGGAGGUCAAAGAUAGGUUUCUAAAUUCAAAAAAUACCACUUAUAGUAUUUUGUUCUGGAGACACCUCUCAGAUCAUGACUAGAUUCACAGAACCCUAUCAUGCAACCUAUCAAGAGUGUAUAUAUAAGCACUCUCUGUAGCAUCUAACAUAUCAGAUACAAAUCCGCAAACACCUCUUUUCUUUCAAAAAUCUCCACUUUCUCUUGAUUAUCACAAUGGAUUCGAGUGAUCAAGCAGACAGAAUAUCAAAUCUACCAGAUGUUCUUUUGGUCCUCAUAGUUUCAUGCUUGUCUUUCAAGGAAUGUGUUCAAACAUGUGUCCUCUCCAAGCGGUGGAGAUCUGUCUACCUUGAGACGAGGAAUGUUUCUUUCAAGGAAACCGACUUCUUGAGCCCUUCUGUCAACGCAAAUCCCAUAAGAAAUGCUUUGGGUAGGAUUGUGUUUGUUGAUUACGUGCGUCGUUGGGUCGCUAGAAUCCAUGACCAACCCAUCGAUACAUUCGAGAUCUCUAUCUCGUAUCCAAAGACUUACUUGUAUGUGAUCGAGUCCCUGAUAGCGUUCGCGGUCCGAAAAAGGGUCAAGAACUUGGUUCUUGAUUUCUCAAACCCGGCGUGGAGAACCUUUCAUGAUGUAAACCUUGAUGAGUUGGUUGUUGAAAUCCCAGAAAGCGUCUAUGAUCUAGCGACUCUUGAGUCGUUGAAAGUUUGCGCGUGCAAUAAGUUUGACCCCGCAAACCUAUCAAACCUAGGAAAGCUCAAAACCGUCUCUUUCGGCUGGAUGGAACUGACAGAUCCUGAACCUUUUCUAACGACUUCAAGGGUUGAGAGUUUAACUAUCAAUGACUGUUGGGGACUUGAAUUCAAUAUGAUAAAAGGGAAUAUGAGAGAAGUUGCAAUCAUAAACUGCGAAUUUCUCCUUAACUGCAUCUUUGAUCUCCCUAGAGUUGACAUACUCAAGUACUCGGGAGAUAUUUUCCCCUUCGAAUUCGAUAAAAUGAAUACCAUCAUAAGCGAAGUUGAUUUAGAUUUCCGCGUGUUGGACAAUAACAAUGAUGAAUCAGACGAUUCCAACGCAGAAGGAGGAAUGCUUUGUCAUCUCCUUAAUAAUCUCCUUGAUGAUGGUGGUCGAUCUGCUACGACGUUAACGGUUUGUCCGUUUCUACUCAAGGUAUGUCUUUAGAUUUACAUUACAUUUUGACACAUUAGGUCAGUCAGUAUAGGUUCAUUUUAAUUCAUGGUUCUUUGAAUGUUUUGAAUACUUUGGCAUGUGGUAGUAAUUGCACCUAGUGAAAAGAAAAUAUGUUGAAUAUUUAGAUGUUGUAUAAACAGAUUAGAUAUUAGUAGUUUUUUGAAAUUUAUUAGGUUAAGUGUCUGUGUGUGUGUCACAGUGUUUUCGAAAUAUAGUGUUGAGAUUUUUUGUAGAUAUGAUAUUUUGAGAAAAAAAACAAUGAGAUUUUUUCUGUUAAAUAUUAAAUAGUUUUUAUUAAUUUUUUGUUGAUAGUUUCUAUAUAUUAUAUUUUAAAAAGUAACAAUUCCUAUACAACAAACAAAAUUCGUUUUUAAUUAAAAUCUCACAUAAGUUUUUUUUGUUUAUAAAUGAUAAAAAAAAAUGAAACUAUUUUUCCUAAAUUUUAGGAAAUCUAUUUAUUAAAAAUUAGGUUGGCUAAUAAAGUGUUUUAGAAAAAAAAAAAAACCAAAAUCUGAAUCCUGAAUAGUUUAAAAAGUGUUUUUGAAAAUCUAAAAUCCAAUUAUGUUUUAGAAUCUAUAAAACAAGCAAUGCAUAUAUUUUGUUUACAUAGGAGACAAAAUUUCUUUCCAUAGUGUUAAUUAAAGUAAUUUCUUAGUGAACAAAGAGCUAUACCUAAAAGUUUAGCGUUAAAUUGUUGUAUAUAUUGACUGUUUAGAAUAAAAUAGUGACAUAUUGAAUUUUUUUUUUCUUAUGUAAGAUGAUUCCAAGAUCUGAGCAUCCACAUUUUCUUCGCCCGAUGGAAACAAAACAUUUAGUGCUGAAGACGGAGUUGCAUCCGAGAGAGUUCAAUGGAAUUGGGCUUCUUCUCAUGAAUUGCCCAAAAUUGGAAACACUCACAAUAGAUUUGCUUCCUCCAAGCCCCAUUGCGAUGGCUUCAUCAUAUGCUGGAAUCGAUCCACAGACAUACUGGAUGCAAAACAUAUCAUAUGAGUGCCAGAGAGAAACUCUAAAAGCAGUUAUAGUGAAAAACUUCAUUGGUGGCGCAAAGGAGCUGCACAUAGUGAAGUUUUUUAUUCGAUCUGGAUGUAAGCGCCUGGAAAGAGUUGAGCUAUACAUGCCGUUUGAUUUGGACAACGGUCGAAAGGUGUUUGCAUAUGCCAAAUCUGAAAUGUUGCAGAAAAUUUCAAAGCAUCUUCAAGUUGUGGUGCACAAUUCUUGAAGAGGUGAUCUAUCAAGACUUCAGUACCGGGUUUACUUUGCCAUUUAAUAAUGUUUUCAAGUUUGGUUUAAUAACUUCAAGAAUGGAUGUUCUUGUUUAAAUCUGUUAUGUUUGUUUCGGUUUAUUUGUUUUAUGAAUAAGAGCCUCAGGAAAGACGAGGACUUGGUCAUCUCUAUGAACCAAAGAAAAACUUUCUCUUUUAAAGAUUUGGUUAUUGUUUCCUGCUAGCUUAAUUUCUUUGAGUUCAUAUGCUUUUGGUGCAUCUUUGGCUUAGUUAAAUUGAUAAUGUACAGGUGCUCUUGUUAUGAAAAAUGUUUAUACUAGUAUAUUAAUUGAUAUAAGUGGUAACUCGUGCCCUGCGCGGAGUGAUGGAUUAAAAGAGAUUAUAACUUUGAAACUAUAUUAAUUUAUUGGUGUAAUUUAAGUAUAUUUGAAAGAAAUAAAUCUGUAAGAGUAAGUAAAGACUUAUAUAAAUUUAUUAUGAGUUUAAGAUAAAAUAGAACAAAACAUAAGCAAUAAAAUUAUUGUUUUCAUAAUAUAAAUUAUGAAUAUAAAAUAAAAUAAAACAUAGGGAAUAGAGUAAUAAAAUACGAAAGAAACAAAUUAUAAAAAAACAAAUAAAAACUGAUAAAAUCACAACUGCUGUGAGAAGUGUCUUCAGAACUCCUAGUAUGCAAUCCUAUAAAUAGCCAUAACAAAGUAUCAGCUUACUAAACUAAACACAGUUAAUGAUAUUCCAAAUUCACUAAACGAAAUGAUAUACCACUUUCUGAAAGCAUUAAUUUCUAGAACAUCAUUGGGUUCAUAAAUAAUUUUUGAAAACCCAUCAAUGUUAGUAACGUUAUUCAAUCGAUCUUAUCAUGAUAAACAAAACAAUGUAAGCAAAAUAUUAAGAGGAUAUCACCUCCAACACUUUUUAUUUAAAUUAUUACAGUACAUUACCUAUUCUCCAAUUAAUUUUCCAAAACUGUAACACACAGGAUACAACAUUUGCAUAUAUAGAAUUCCAUAAAUCUUGGAAAACAUGAGCAAGUGCUUCAUAAGCAACCCAAUUAAUCACGACGUUACUAUAAUCAAUUAAAAAUUAUAAUAUUUCAGCACACAUGAAAACAAACUAAAUGAGUAAAAAAAAAAUCAAAUGUGGAAUACUUACUCCAUGUAUGUAUGAUAUAUAUGCAUAAAUUAGAGGGUUUAUUGCACAAGAAUUACGUAAAUAAAUUUAUUACAUCGCGAGAUCGUAGGCAAUCAAAAAAUCACAAAGAUUUCGACUUUCCAUAUUGACUUAAGUAAAUUUAUGCGUAAGUAAAUGUAUACCAUAUUGACUUUCCAUAAACUUUUAAAUCAGAUAUUAGUUACUUUCCUAUAUUAACCGGAUUGGACUGCGUCGCGAUGAUUUCGUGCAUGGUAUCCAUAAUUAGUGUAUUUCUUCAAUUCCUUGUUGACACAGCAAUUAGUGCUGAGAAUCCCAUAAAUAUAUGACUACUAAUAGAUUUAUUUGACGAAAUUCAAAUACAUGAUCGAAUCCACAAUUAAUUAUUCGGAAAAUCGGAAACCUUAUUUUUAUUUUAUAACUAUAAAGGUUGAAGUUGGAAACCACAAUUAAUUAUUCAGCAAGAAAUUUUCAAAUUGUUAUCUUCCAGUCAGUCAAGAAAUCACAUUGCGAGUGGCGUUGUAGGAUUAAUACGCCUACACAAAUUGCCAUCACAGAUA